UUGUUCGUUGUUUUGGCAAGAAACUGCGCACUUUUAAGUUAGCACACCAUUGAUAUAAUAAAAAACUGUUUUUGUAGUGCAAAUUUUGGGUUACUUUUUAAUGUGUAUAUCGUUUCAUUGCCGCUAUGAUUUAUUAUUCCAUAAACUAAACUGCAAAUUCUUUGACCAUUAGUUCGACGUAUUAGAGUUCAUACAAGUACUGUACUUGUAUAUGUUGAAAUUGAAAGUUCCAAAUGGCGACGGAAGUUUUUUCGAAUCCUAUGGCUCCAGAUGUAGAUGAUGCAGGAUCUCAAGAUCAGCCUCUCACUAAUGCUGAUUUCCGGAAGUUUCUUACGACCCCGAGACGUUCGGAUGGAAAGGGGUCCGGAGAAAAAACGAAAAGAGGGUUUGCCGUUCCGAAGGAAUAUUCCGCCGCGAACGAAUCAGCAGCGGAGCAAAGGAGGAAAAAGAAGAGUUUUUAUGCAAAGCUGAAGAAACAAGAAAUGGAGAGACAAGCGGAGCUUGAUAAGAAAUACAGAGAUAGAUCUAAAGAAAGAAGGGAGGGGACUGGUGACUAUAAUGAUGUUGAACUUCUUAGCACUACUGCGGAUUACAGAGCUGUUGGUCCUAAUGCUCCCAGUGAUCGGACGACUGCGGAAAAACGUAGACAAGUCAUCCAGGAGUCCAAGUUCUUGGGAGGAGACAUGGCGCAUACUCAUCUUGUGAAAGGGCUGGAUUAUGCCCUGUUGCAGAAGGUAAGAGCGGAGAUAUCUACCAAGGAGAUGGAGGAAGAGGAAUUGGAUACCAUUCUGGAGAAAGGAGAAGAAGAAGAGGAAGAAGAGGAAAACACUGAGAGCACAGGGAACUUUGACGAGAUCAAUAACAAAAUGGCGAAGAAUGUAUUCCGGACAUUGUUCCAGACAAAGUUGCCUCAGCGAAAUGAGACGUUUUUACCAGGAAGAAUGGCGUAUGUGUUCGAAUUAGAAGAUGAUUACGCAGAAUCUGAUAUCCCGACGACUUUGAUUCGGAGUAAAGCAGAUUGCCCGAAUUUGGAAGUGCACACUACCCUGUCCACUAAUGAUAUUGUCAUAAAUAAGCUGACUCAGAUUUUAGCUUACCUGCGUCAAGGGCCUAAAGAUAAACAUCGCAAGAAAAAGGAAAAGAAAUUAAAGCUGGAGGAGAAAGCUGUUAAAUCAUCAGAUGCAAAUCUCAACAUAUAUGACGAUGCAGGAGAAUAUGUUCCUUCAUUGAAAAAAUCAUCAAAACGAAAGAGCGACGGUGUUGGCCCAUACUUUGAGAAACCAAAACCAGAUGAAAGCUUAGACACUCUCAAAGCUGCAGCUGAUUCCUCUAUAAAGGAGUUGGUGAAAAAUAUCUCCGAAAAACAAGCGGUGGAAAAGAACAAAAAGGCUGAACAAGAAGUUAAGAAUAAACACAAAGGAAAUGCUCUCGUUGGAAGCAGCAAAGCCAGUGUGCCUGACAGUUAUGCAGAGUGUUAUCCAUCGACACAGUUCAAUAUUGCUGGGCUGGGCGAGGAUAGCGAUGAUGAAGCAGACUACUCGAAAAUGGACAAUGGGCACAAGAAGGGGCCUGUUGGAAGGUGGGACUUUGACACACAAGAAGAAUACAGCAGCUACAUGUCCAAGAAGGAAGCCAUGCCUAAAGCUGCGUUCCAGUACGGCAUAAAAAUGUCGGGGGGGCGCAAGACUAGAAGAACAAGGGAGCAAAACGAGAAACAAAAACUUAAUCGUGAGCUGCAACAAAUACAGCAGAUUAUCACCAAGAGGAAAGGAGGUCCUUCAAGCAGUGGGGAUUACAAGAAACCGAAAUAUUAAAAAUAUUGUUGUUUAUCCAGUUGCUGGAAUUUUUAGUCUUUUGAAAAUCAAAAUCUGCAUUAACAGAUUACAGUUAUUGUACGCUAAAACACUUUGGAUAUAAAGUAUAGAUUUCAACAUAAAUUGCCCUUUUCUGCAUACAGUAAAUUGUUAUAACAUGCUUAAUACAGACAGUUACAUUACAUGGGUAUAGUGCAUGUUUCUAGCAAUAUUUACGCAACAGUAAAUCAUAAUGUUGAUUAUAAAUUGUAAUAAUUGUUGUUUACAAUUGGUUUUCAUAUCAAUAGUGCUCAUUUUUUUCUUUUUUUACCAUUCUUUUCCUGUGUCGUUGCAGA